AUGUCUGAAACUUGGGUUCAACUUCAAGCUGAAGAAAUUGAAGCAUUAAAUAGUAUUUUUGAUGAAAAACAAUGGAAACGAGAUGAAAAUGAUACUCAAAGAACAUAUAUACUAACUAUUGAUCAUCGACCUGAACGAGCAAUUAGUUUGGAAUUAACAUUUGUUGAUGGUUACCCAACAGAUCAACCACUUAUUUAUAAUAUAAGGGAGAACGUUGGUAAACCAAUAGCUUUUUUAUGGGCUGAUGCUCUUCGAGAUUUUGUUGAUAAACCAUCAAAUAUUGACGAAACUUCUCAUAUGACUACAACAAUUGAACCAAUCGUUCAGCAAUAUAUAUCACCAAUAGUUGAAACACUUUUACCACCUAUAUAUAGUGAUGAACCAUUUGAAGAUCGUAAAAGUGUUUUUCAAGCACAUUUAAGUCCUGUACAUAGCAAAGAAGAAGUUCAACUUGUUGUUAAUAAAUUAAAAGAAAAUAAAAAAAUUGCUAAUGCUACUCAUAAUAUGUAUGCAUAUAGAAUAUGGGAUGAAAAACGUAAUGCAAUUUUGGCGGAUUGUGAUGAUGAUGGUGAAACAGCUGCAUCUGGUCGAAUGCUUCAUUUAAUGGAAAUUGCAGAUGUUAAAAAUGUACUAGUCGUUGUUUCAAGAUGGUUUGGUGGUAUACUUUUGCAUAAUGAUCGAUUUAAACAUAUUAAUAAUGCAACUCGAAUAAUUUUAAUUAAUCAUGGUUAUAUAAACAAAGUUCAUGAUGCAAUAAAAAACAAAUCGAAAAAAUCAUCCUAA